AUGGAGUUGACUUUGGGCGGAGGUAUGAGUUUUGAGUUAGCCUUUGCGAGGUACGGCCUGUUUUGGGGAGUAAACUUCGCCUUCAACCAAUCAGACCGAGCCAAACCUCCCAACAACAUCAACCACUCGAAAACCGACACUCGAUCUACUUCGCCUUCGGCCGAUCCAGAACGGAUUAAACAUGUCAGGAGGCUAGACCCGACCUCAAAUGACGAUGCCCCCCCUAGAAUGGAUUCGAGCUCAAAUAUUGAUGAUACAAAUCUCCGUACGAUCAGGAUGGAGCCGUUAAUUAGUGAUCCCCUAAUUCUUCAUCAAAACAAUCCUUUGUCUCUGCGGAACUAUCGAACUCGUCGCUCUAUUCCCCUCGUCGUCUCGUUAGCUCAUGUGGACCAUGGCGAAUCGAGUUAUGCAGACUCUCUCCUGGCGGCCAACAACAUCAUUACCCCGAAGAUGGCCGGCAAGCUGCGAUACUUGGAAUUUUUUGGGAGAAAAGUCAUACGCGAGGCGGAGAAGAAGGGGACGAUUGUCCCUUAUGCUUCGCCCCGCUGUAGGGUGUUUGAAGGCACCAGUGGCAGUACCGUGAUCAGUCUGGCCUUGGUCGCUCGCGCUUUGGGAUAUGAAGCUGAACUCGAAGAAUGCAGGAUCAAUCUCAUCGAUACUCCAGGACAUUUUGAUUUCACUACCGAUGUCUCAACUGCUAGCCGAUUGUGUGACGGCGCUUUGGUCUUGUUUGAUGUGGUGGAAGGAGUUUGUAACCAAACUAUUUCCGUACUUCGUCAGGUUUCGAAUGAACAAGUUUUCGAGGUGUUGUCGACACCAUUGGUCGAUACCCCGGAGGUUUAUAUCGCUCCCAAGGUCCAGGCCACGUUCGAGUCCAACUCUCAAUUUGAGAGGAUCCUCACCGACUUUUCGCCCGCCGGUGUCAACAUUCACGAAGGUUUCAGCCCAUUGACCGCCCUCACGUUGAUAAGCUGGCAACAAGGUGCCUUCACUUUCCCUGUGAAAUCCGGCUCCUACGGUGACAAGUAA